AACACCUGAGGGGUUGUAAAUUUUGGUUGAACUUCUUUAAUUGAGGCCACUCAGGAUGAAACUGCAGCCCUCAAAAGCACGUAGUGGUAGCCUUGUAAGUACUGCAUUCUGGAAGUUGGAAAUAAAUCUGGGGUAACAAGCUUCCUCCCCGAGGAGGUCCAUUUUGGUCAUUCUUACCCCCAUAUUUCUUCUUCAUAAAGUUAACUUGUUCCUGAGCUGGAAUUUGAGCUGAAAUACAAAUCCCUUUAACAGGUAUAAUAAUGUCGUAUAUUAGAACAUAAUGAAAGCUUUUAUUUCAUGAGAUGGGCGAGUGGAAUCCGUAAGAAAAGAGUUUUACGUGGCGCUGCACAUGUGUAAGGUGAGCCGUGCUGGCGAUUUUAGGCUGAACGUCAGCAGUUUUGUCUGAAUGCAUAGUUUGGAUGACACAUUUGGCACACAGUUGGACCACACUCGUUUCGUCUUCCCACACUACAGGACUAGUGAACUCACUUUUUAAAAUUCUGUUUGUAAGCUCUUAUCGCUCCCCCUCCCUUUCUUGUCUUUUUAUUGCCUUGCAACAAACGAACCAAUACCUAAAAAUAUUUUGGAUUUCCCAGUGUUUCCAGGGAAAUCGUUUGACUGUAGCCUUCUGUCUCAUUUCACUAGUCACUCAUUUAUUAAAGAAAGGGAUUACUGCAGUAGGGAACCGCUGCUUUGACACACUUCAUUUUCUUUAUUUCUCAAAACCCCAAAGCUAAUAGACUGGAGUGGAGCCUCAGCUUUUUGGAAACAUGCAAGUCCGACUACUUGAAAAUAGAAUUGGUUUCUUUGUUUGGUGCAUGAAAAGCAAGGAGGAAAAGCCGAAGGCCGCCCAAGCCAGGUGUUUCUUGUUGGCAGCCUGCUGCCUAAUGACUCGGCUCCCAAAGAGCAGCUGCCGGCGAGUGGCCUUUGUCUGGCCUAUUGUUGCCCGCACACCCCUCGUUAAUACACACGCUGCCCGGGGCAGGCCCCGGGAAUGACAUCAACUCGCUGAUCGUAGGAACCUGCGAACCUGACGCAGGGAGCCGAGCUUGGCCCGCAUCUGCCCAACUAAUUGUGAGCUCCCGCGCCGUGAUUGGCUGUCCCUCCACUCGGUAAUCGGUUCAGCCAAGACAUUGCCAUUGCAUCUGUCCAACCAUUCAUUGUUCUUCCUGGCUGCCUGCACGUCUGCGGCUACCACUGUGUUAAGGAGUUCCCGCUGAAGCUGCUGCAGAAACGUCUUUGUAUUUUCCUGCCGCCGAAUACGGGGUGCUUUGCAUUCAGGAAUACAGAAAAAAUAGCAAAGUGGAGUCAAGUACACAUAACAGCUUCAUGGGCUUGAAGGAUCAUCUGGGGCAUGACCUAGGCCACCUUCAUGUGGAGAGCACUGACCCACAUUUAAGUACAUCUGUACCUUGGUCAAUGGUGGAAAAGCCAACAAUGGAUAAAGUUAAUUCCGGGAAGGAAGAGAAAGAGGUGUCUGAAGAGAAUGUGAGCUCUGGUGACUCUGAAGAAAGCACAAAUUCCGAUAACGAGUCAGACCAGUCGAGAAGCAUUUCAGCAGAGCCGUGCUUAUUAACCAAGACUCACAGACAACUGUGUAGGUCUCCCUGCUUAGAGCCUCACAUACUCAAACGCAGUGACAUUUUGCAAGACUUUAAACCUGAGGAGUCCCAGACUACCUCCAAGGAAGUGAAGAAACCCCCCGAUGUGGUGCGAGAAUACCAAACAAAACUAGAGUUUGCACUGAAGUUAGGCUAUUCUGAAGAACAGGUUCAGCUUGUGCUCAAUAAACUCGGUACCGAUGCUUUAAUCAAUGACAUCUUGGGAGAGCUCGUCAAGCUUGGAAACAAAAGUGAGGCCGAACAGACGGUUAGUACGGUCAACAGUCUAACGCGGGAAGCGCCUUCCCUGGAGUCUCAGCGGUCGGACUCUCCGAUGCAAGAGCUCGUGGCGGAUGACGGGGAGAACCUGAGACCCGUAGUCAUCGAUGGCAGCAAUGUGGCCAUGAGCCAUGGAAACAAAGAAGUCUUUUCCUGCCGGGGAAUAAAAUUGGCAGUGGAUUGGUUUUUGGAAAGAGGCCACAAAGAUAUUACAGUUUUUGUUCCCGCUUGGAGGAAAGAGCAAUCCCGACCUGAUGCUCUUAUCACAGAUCAAGAAAUCCUGCGCAAAUUAGAGAAGGAGAAGAUCCUGGUGUUCACGCCCUCCAGGCGAGUGCAGGGGAGGCGAGUGGUGUGCUAUGAUGACAGGUUCAUCGUGAAGCUGGCUUUCGAGUCGGACGGGGUCAUCGUGUCCAAUGACAACUACAGGGACCUGGCCAAUGAAAAACCAGAGUGGAAGAAGUUCAUCGAUGAGCGGUUAUUAAUGUACUCGUUUGUCAAUGACAAGUUCAUGCCUCCAGACGACCCCCUUGGCAGACACGGCCCAAGCCUCGAUAAUUUUCUGAGGAAGAAACCUAUUGUUCCUGAACACAAAAAGCAGCCUUGUCCAUAUGGGAAGAAGUGCACCUAUGGCCACAAGUGCAAAUACUACCAUCCCGAGAGGGGCAGCCAGCCGCAGCGGUCGGUGGCUGACGAACUCCGGGCCAUGUCCAGAAACACGGUGGCCAAAACGGCGAACGAAGGCGGGCUGGUGAAAAGCAACAGCGUCCCCUGCAGCACUAAAGCAGACAGCGCCUCGGAUGUCAAACGAGGCGCUCCCAAGAGGCAGUCGGACCCCAGCAUCAGGACUCAAGUCUACCAGGACCUCGAGGAAAAGCUGCCCACCAAAAACAAAUUGGAAACCAGGUCCGUCCCCUCUUUAGUUAGUAUCCCGGCGACUGCCACUGCAAAACCCCAAAGCGCUACGUCUUUAAGCAACGGCCUUCCAUCCGGAGUUCACUUCCCACCUCAGGAUCAAAGACCCCAGGGGCAGUAUCCUCCGAUGUUGAUGGCAACCAAAAAUCACGGCACGCCAAUGCCUUACGAACAGUACCCCAAAUGCGACUCGCCUGUGGACAUCGGGUAUUACUCCAUGCUGAACGCCUACUCGAACCUGAGCGUGUCCGGCCCGCGCAGCCCCGAGCGCCGUUUCUCCUUGGACACGGACUACAGGGUGAGCUCCGUGGCUUCCGACUGCAGCAGCGAAGGGAGCGUGAGCUGCGGGAGCGGCGACUCGUACGCGGGCUACGGCGACCGCCCGUACGUCAGCUCUCCCGACCCCCAGCUGGAAGAGAGCCUCAAGUGUCAGCACGUGCACCCGCACAGCCGCCUUAAUUCCCAGCCCUUCCUGCAGAACUUCCACGACCCCGUGACCCGAGUGCAGAGUUACAGUCACGAAGAACCAAAGUACCACCCCAAGGCGCCUCUCCCGCACCUGGCCGUGCACCUGCAGCACCCCGCCGCGGGGGCCCGGGCCAGCUGUCCCGGCGACUACCCCUCGCCGCCCGGCUCCGCCCACUCCAAGGCGCCGCACCUGGGGCGCGCCCUGGUGGCCACCCGGAUCGACAGCAUCUCCGACUCCCGGCUCUACGACGGCUCUCCCUCCCGCCAGCGGAAGCCUUACUCGCACCAGGAGGGGCCGGGGGGCUGGGAGCGGCCCGGCUACGGGGUGGACGCGUACGGCUACCGGCAGACUUACUCCUUGCCGGACAGCUCCACGCAGCCCUGCUACGAGCAGUUCACCUUCCAGAGCCUCCCCGAGCAGCAGGAGCCCGCCUGGCGCGUCCCCUACUGCGGGCCGCCCGCGGAGCCCCCGAGGUACCAGGACAGCCGGGAGAAGGUCUACGUCAACCUGUGCAACAUCUUCCCGCCCGACCUCGUGAGGACGGUCAUGAAACGGAACCCUCACAUGACAGACGCCCAGCAGCUCGCCGCAGCCAUUUUGGUGGAGAAGUCCCAGCUGGGUUAUUGAGAGACGAUGCAUCUUUGUGGUGUUUAGUAGUUUUUUGUUCAGCUCAAACGCUGAGGGAGGUUUGCUACAAUAGCACAUGUGAUCUCCUUCUCGGCAAGGAGGUUCUAUAGUAUCCAUUUCUGUGAAGUACUGUAUCAUGGAAUCUGUAUGUAUCGCCCCACCUAGUGGAAAUAUCACGGGAUUGCUUUACAUGGAAACUUUUUUUUUUUAACAUUUCCUUUUUAAAGCGCUCUCCUCGGCUGGAGAUUUUUCCAGUUUGAUUUCUUAGAUGUCUCUGUGAUCUUUGAUAUUCCUCUUUGGUGCAUCAGGGGUUUAUAUGCAGCACUUUUUAUCCUUGUUUCGUGUUUUCUUAACUUGGUGUUUGUCAAUCAAUCGCGAGCAAUUACGAUACCUUCAGAACGUUGAACAUUUGACUAGACCCUAGCCAACUAUUUUUUCAAGCCAAGCUCCAUUGGAAUCUUUUACAGCUUUUUAAGUUAUUUUUAUUUGGGGAAAGUGGGCUUCUUUGUGCUAGAAUCAUUAUUUAUAGAAACAAAGAUAUACUACCGCACUGACUUUAUAUUUGAAACAAAACGGAAGUUACCAGUUUAUGUUGAAAUGGGUAACCGUCUAUAUAUUAGAAUGAUUUACAAUAUGGCACUUUUCAUUGUUCUAGUUUUGUUCGGAUUUUUUUUUUCUGUUAAGUAAUGAGUUAAUUUAAUAUGGUUGAUUUAAAGGAGAGCAGAUGCAAUCAAUGGAAAAAAUGGUUUCCAUUUUAUUACUAUUUUUCUUACCCAAUAAGGCAAAAGCCGCGUGUGCUCCAGCGUAGAGCUGUGUGACCCAGCUAUGAUGUGCUUCUAGGCGAUAGAAACGGAAUUGAAUUCCCAGAUCCUCCUUAACCUGUAUUUUUUAAUGUGUUUGUCUUUUUCUUUUGGGGGCACGACAAGACUGGAUAAAAUAACCCUUUCACAAUA